AUGUCUGACAGUUGGACUUUUGAUCAUGAUGAUCAUGCACCAUUUGGUUCCGAUGAAAAUAUUCAUUUAACUGAAUAUCGUUCACUUUUAAUAACAAUAUUUUUUUUUAUGAUUGGUUUAUUUGGAAAUGGUAUUAUGUUAAUUGGUAAUGGAUAUAUUUUACGACAUACACCCGGUGGAGAAAAACGUACAUUUGAAAAUUUUCUCAUUGAAAUUACUUGUUUUGAUUUAAUUGUCCUUACAUAUCAUUUAAUGAAUUCAAUUAUACGUUAUAAAGCAUUACCAGAUAAUGAUACUGAUGUAAUGACUGGUUUAAUCAAUAUUUCAACUGUUUGUUGUAAAUUAUUAACUUAUAUUGUACGAAUUUCAACACUUAUGUCACAUUGGUUAAUUGUUUUGCUGCUUCUUAAUCGAUUAUUUCUUGUUUAUUCGAAAUUUUAUCGGCUUAUUGCUAUUGUCAAUGCUAAAUAUGCAGUUUUUGUUUUAUUAUUCAUAUUUAUUCUUUUCAAUGUUCCAUCAAUUGAAUCAAUGUCUUAUAAUGAACCACUUAUUUUUGCACAUAAUUCAACAACAAAUGUUACAUUUCAUCGUCAUUGUUUGAUGAAUGCUGAAAUGGUUGAUUUACAAGCAUCAAUGCAUUCAACAAGUGUUAUAGUUAAUGUUUUUUUCUAUACUGGUCUUGGUCUUAUAUUAGCAACAGUAAUCAUAUGUGUUUUAUCAAUAUUAUUAUUUCGUAAAGGUGCACAAUUAUGGAAUGAAUUACAUUUUCAUCAUUCUGAAACAGAAAAUAUCUCACUUCGAUAUGAUUCUCCAAUUGUUGAAUAUUUACGAACAUAUAAUGCUGCAUUUACACUUGGUAUUGUCUUUGUAUUUUUAUCAAUUCCAUGUAAAUUAUUACGUUUAAUUGUUUUAUUUGCAUCAAAUUAUAUUGAAGAAUAUUCAUCAUCAAAUAAUCUUUUAGUUAAAGCACAUGCACAUAUGCAAACAAUUGGUUUAGCAUUUGAAUUAUCACUUUAUUCUUAUAAAUGUUUAGUAUUUAUUUGUACAAAUUAUCGUUUUCGAUGUGCAUUAAAAUAUUUAUUAAGAUAUCAACGUAGUCAUAUUAUUAUGGAUCAACGAAUGACAAUAACUUCAUAUAAUAAUAAUAAUAAUGAUAUUGGACAACGUCCAAUUCAUACAAGUCAUUCACAAGAAAGUGUACCAUUUGAAGGAUUAUAUAAACAUUUACAAAAAAAUGAAUUUGAUUUACCAAUUGAUAUGCAUCAACCAAGUGAUAGAAGUACAAGUGGACUUAUUAGUUCAUAUAGUCAUAGAUCAAGUUUUAAAACACGUUCAAGUAUUUGUAGUCGACGAACACGAGAAGAUGAAAUAUCACUUUAG